AAUUUGUCGUGUUCAGUAAUUUUGUUGGUUCCUAAAAUUAAAAAGUCCAAAAGAUUAGCACGAGUCUUAGAUCGCCAUUUUUUUCUCUUAGCAAAUGAAAUCUGAAAAUUCGAUUAAAUUAAUUUCCUCUGUUCUUCCCCUCAAGCAGAAUCUUUUACCGUAGAUCCCAAAGCCUCCCAACACUUGAUGUUGCGUUAGAACCUCGAUGGAUUUCCGAUCUCUCUUUCUGUUCUUGAUGGGUUUUUUUUAUCUGUCAGAAAAAUCUGAUCUUUUGAUUUAUCUUUCCAUUUCAAAUAUCAAUCUCUCUGACUGGUCUUGCAGACGUUUCAUUGCUUUGUCUCAAUUGUAAAUACCGAAGAACAGAUCCUCCUCGCCUUUGAGUCAGCCACAAUGGAUAUAAGCAACGAAGCAAACGUGGAUCCGUUCUCAAUAGGACCCACGACUAUAAUCGGAAGAACAAUUGCCUUUCGGAUCCUGUUCUACAAAUCAAUGUCUAAAUUCAGACACAAACUGUUCAGAUUCCUCGUGUGUUUCCUCGGAGGAGCUAGGGUUCUUCUAUCACCGUUUGUGUCCUGGUUACAUCCAAGGAAUCCACAAGGGAUCUUAGCUAUGGUGACGACGAUGGCCUUUCUGUUGAAUCGCUACACAAGCUUAAAAGCAAAGGCUGAGAUGGCUUACAGGAGGAAAUUCUGGAGAAAUAUGAUGAGAGCUGCAUUGACUCAUGAGGAAUGGUCUCACGCCGCGAAGAUGCUCGAUAAAGAGACUCCCAAAAUGAACGAGACAGAUCUUUUCGAUGUGGAGCUAGUGAGGAACAAGCUUGAGGAGCUUAGGCACAGACGUCACGAGGGGUCUCUAAAAGACAUUAUCUUCUUUAUGAGAGCUGAUCUUGUGAGAAAUCUUGGUAACAUGUGUAACCCUGAGCUUCACAAGGGAAGGCUUCAAGUGCCAAGACUCAUCAAAGAGUAUAUCGAUGAGGUAUCUACCCAGCUUAGGAUGGUUUGUGAUACAGACACUGAGGAGCUUCCUCUGGAGGAGAAACUCUCUUUUAUGCACGAGACGAGGCACGCUUUUGGAAGAACGGCUCUGCUUCUAAGUGGAGGAGCUUCUCUUGGUGCUUUCCAUCUCGGUGUGGUUAAGACCCUUGUGGAACAUAAGCUCUUGCCGAGGAUUAUAGCCGGUUCAAGCGUGGGGUCUGUGAUGUGUGCGGUUGUGGGGACAAGAACAUGGCCGGAGUUACAGAGUUUCUUUGAAGGCUCUUGGCACGCUUUGCAGUUCUUUGAUCAGAUGGGAGGGAUUUUCACUACUGUGAAACGGGUAAUGACUCAAGGUGCGGUCCAUGAGAUCCGACAGUUGCAAUGGAAGUUGAGGAAUCUCACCAACAAUCUCACAUUCCAAGAAGCUUAUGACAUGACAGGACGGAUUCUAGGGAUAACAGUUUGUUCCUCAAGGAGACACGAGCCUCCUAGAUGUCUCAAUUAUCUGACUUCGCCUCAUGUCGUGAUAUGGAGUGCAGUGACUGCAUCUUGUGCUUUCCCAGGUCUCUUUGAGGCUCAAGAACUCAUGGCCAAAGAUAGAACCGGAGAGAUUGUUCCUUAUCACCCACCUUUCAAUUUAGAUCCUGAACAGAGCUUAAGAGCAUCGGCUAGGCGAUGGAGGGACGGUAGUUUGGAGAUGGACUUACCAAUGAUACAACUCAAAGAGCUUUUUAAUGUUAACCAUUUCAUUGUGAGUCAAGCCAACCCUCACAUCGCACCUUUCUUGAGGAUGAAGGAGUUUGUGAGAGCUUGUGGAGGCCGAUUUGCAGCAAAGCUCGCUCAACUUUUGGAGAUGGAAGUAAAGCAUAGAUGUAAUCAAGUACUAGAACUCGGGCUUCCUCUUAGAGAAGUAGCGAAGCUAUUUGCUCAAGAAUGGGAAGGCGACGUCACUAUCGUCAUGCCCGCUACUGUUUCUCAAUACUUGAAGAUCAUACAAAACCCAUCAAAUGUAGAGAUUCAAAAGGCGGCAAACCAAGGAAGGAGAUGCACUUGGGAGAAACUCGCAGUCAUCAAAGCAAACUUCGGGAUAGAACUCUCCCUCGACGAGUGCGUGGCCGUCCUCAACCACAUGCGGCGCCUAAAACGCACCGCUCGAAGGGUCUCUGCCUUAUCUCAACAACAACAUCCGUUGACCGGAACCACCAGGUUCAACGCCUCCAGAAGAAUCCCGUCCUGGAACUGCAUCGCGCGUCAGAACUCAUCUGGAUCCGUGGACGAUGAUGUGCUCGCAGAAGCUUCGACCUUGUACCAGCAAAUCGUGGUUGGGUCCGGGAGGAAUAACAGAGCCAGCAAUCAGCACGAAGUAGGAAGCGAAGGAGAUUCCACGGAAGAUUGGACGAGGUCUGGUGGACCAUUGAUGAGGACAACGUCUGCUCAAAUGUUCACGGACUACGUUCAGAAUCUUGAUGCCGUUGAUCCCAAACAGACAGCCACUAGAGGACUAAGUUGCAAAUCGUUACAAUGACUUUGCAAUUUUGUAGAAGAAAAUAUCAUUUUAUCCAUAACUCUUCGUAAGUAUUAGAUUUCACCCAAAGAAGGAUUA